CAAAAGGGCCGCAAAUCCACGUGAAGCCGCACACUAGCACUGCAGAGGCCCUUACCGCCCCUAUAAAACCUCCGCUUGUUGAACAGAAGAGGAAGAGAGGGCGUUGUGUUCAUCAGCCACCACUCUCUCUCCUCUCUCUCUCUCUCCCCUCCAAUACAGGUGAGCCUCCACCACCUUCAUCAUCAUAUCAUAUCAUCGUUCUGCAUAGAUUCUCGUUUAACCUCCAAUGGAGCCAGAACCAGCUCCCAGAAAGAGGAGAUUCAUACCGAAAGCUGCCCCGCGCCGGGUUCCAAAACCUGAAGUCAAAAUCGAAGCGGACCAUGUGACGGAGGAGUCUGAUGCUGAAAAGGCUAGGGAACUGCUGAAACGAUUCAGUGAAAGAUCAAUACACGCAAGGCCGAAAGAUGAAAAGAAAUUGGCGCCUACACAAAUUGCAUUUGGUGGUGCUGCAUCCACAUCCGUGAAAGUGUAUGGUGCUCAGAAAGGUGGGAGUACUUCAGCCACUGAUGCUGCUGCCUCGGGCAUGAAAGUGGAGAAAGAAUACGGUUCGCCAUGGAAUCAGUACAGUUAUUACCCUGUAACUCUUCCUCUCAGACCGCCAUAUUCCGGUGAUCCUGAAAUUCGUAAUCAGGAAGAAUUUGGAGACGGUUCGGAGGAGUCAACUUAUGAUGAAAACUCAACAAAACCGGCAAAUGAUCUUGAUCUAUUGGAGGAAAAUAAAGCAACAAGUAUGUUCUUUCUUCAGUUACCGCAGUAUCUGCCUAUGAUGAAACGAUCAGCUACAGCAGAUGGCCCUGAGGCAACAAAAAGCUCACGGCCACCAGGAAGCGCACACAACAUGCAGAAGUUUUGUGCUUUGUCUGAUUUACCACCUGGCCACAUGGGUAAGAUGCUGGUGUACAGAAGCGGUGCUAUCAAGCUGAAGCUAGGAGAUACCCUUUUCGAUGUCUCCUCAGGAAUGAAGUGUGGUUUUGCCCAGGAUCUUGUGGUUACUAAUGAGAACGAGAAGGGAUUUGGUACUAUCGGCGAGCUGAACAAGCGAGCCAUUGCAACCCCAGAUAUUGACUCCAUUUUGGAAAGUGUAGAUGGUUUAUUCUAGCUUUUUUUGCCCAUUUACGAAUACAGUUUUGGUUUGUGAGAGUGAAAAAUUGCGGCACUUUCUUCAUUCGACAUUAUCCGAGAAAAUAGAUGACAAGUUCCAAUAGGUAAGACUAAAUACCUUGAUAAUAUGCAGAAGAGCGGAGUGUUCCAAGCGAACGUAUUGCAACUAACCCUCUCUGUUCUGAUGGUAUUGAAAUAAAUCCAUAUUCUUUGUGUGCUUGCGAA